CCCAGUACGGUCUCACUAUCAAAACAAUUCGUGUUUUUUGUUGCGAAAUUGUUGGAAAAGCGGAGGAAUAAACAAGAAUCAACAUGGGUCGCGCGGAGGUGGGUACGCCCAAGUACCUGGCCAACAAGAUGAAGUCGAAGGGCCUGCAGAAGCUGCGCUGGUACUGCCAGAUGUGCGAGAAGCAGUGCCGCGACGAGAAUGGCUUCAAGUGCCACACCAUGAGCGAGUCCCACCAGCGCCAGUUGCUCCUCUUUGCGGAUUCUCCUGGCAAGUUCCUGCACAGCUUCAGCAAGGAGUUCUCCGACGGCUACAUGGAGUUACUACGACGACGGUUCGGCACUAAGAGAACCAGUGCCAACAAGAUAUACCAGGAGUACAUCGCCCACAAGGAGCACAUCCAUAUGAACGCCACGCGCUGGCUCACCCUCUCCGACUACGUCAAGUGGCUUGGGCGGACGGGCCAGGUGAUAGCAGACGAGACGGAAAAAGGCUGGUUCGUCUCCUACAUCGAUCGAAGUCCGGAGGCCAUGGAGCGCCAGGCGAAGGCCGAUCGCAAGGAAAAGAUGGAGGACGAGGAGCGGAUGGCCGACUUUAUCGAACAGCAAAUCAAGAAGGCAAAAGCAAAGGACGGCGAAGAGGAUGAGGGACAGGAGAAGUUCACCGAACUUAAGCGUGAGGAGAACGAACCCCUGAAAUUGGACAUUCGCCUGGAGAAGAAGUUCCAGCCGGACACUGUCCUGGGCAAAUCCGCCCUAACCAAACGACCUGUCUCUGAAGUUGACGAAAAAGUCUUCAAAAAACCCAAAUCCGUGGCUGGAGACAGCCAACCCCGGUCUGCACUGGACGAGAUUAUCAAGCAGGAGGAGGCCAAAAAGGAGCGCAACAACCGCAAGGACUACUGGCUGCACAAGAACAUUGUGGUGAAGUUCAUUUCCAAAUCCAUGGGCGACAAGUUCUUUAAGCAGAAAGCGGUUGUCCAAGAAGUAAUUGACAAGUACCAAGCUAAAAUUAAGUUCUUGGACACGGGGGAAAAGGUGAAAGUAGAUCAGGCUCACUUGGAGACUGUGAUUCCCGCCUUGGACAAACCUGUUAUGGUAGUUAAUGGCGCUUAUCGCGGAUCUGAAGCUCUGCUAAGGAAACUGGACGAACGAAAAUACUCAGUCAGUGUGGAGAUAUUGCAUGGUCCCCUAAAAGGACGAAUUGUGGAUAAUGUUCAGUACGAAGACAUAUCUAAAUUGUCUGGUGCAUAGUUUCACUUUCCUAAACUUAGGAUAUAUAGAUUUAACUCUACUAAGCUAUUUGAUUGUACAAACCGAAAAUUACGAUACUAGUAACUAGAUUGUUUUUAACCAGAGAAAGGCUGCUGGCGAACUAAACUUCAUUGCUUAAACUUGGCCCGCCUAGCAUUUAGGUUAAUUAAACAUGACUUUUAAAUGAA